CGGUGACCGAGUCAUUCCGGCGCGCGAGUUUCCGAGCUCUACUCGUCACGAUAAAAACACAAUUCUACACGGAGCGUUGUGGAAUUUUUUCAUCGCCUGCUUUGGAAGUUUCUAACAGCAGAACCCGAAGUAUUGCCUUGUGUACACUCCCUACCUGACUUUUUGCUCUGAGGAUUAUGCACGCAUUACGAUAUUCAUGGUACAAAAAUAGCAUUUUGUCAAAAUGGUUGGAAGAUAAAACAUGCAGUGGAAUAGACUUGUGAUAUAGGAAGAUGACAAUUCCAUCCAAGUAAUGUGACAACAUCAAUAUUCAUUUGAAAUAAUGAAUCAAUCGACUGCUUUGACCAACAUCUCGUACUCGGUGAGUAAUGACUGUGUCGAAGAAGGGCCUUCAGAUGUUACAUCGGCUGUAUUAUUUACCGCCCAGCAACUACGACAUGGCGCAGUUGUGAUACCAAUUUUGGUUGUUCUGUAUAUGGUGUCUGCGAUGAACACUGUAUCCGCUCGAUAUUUCAUACCUGCCAUCGAGGCCAUGUGUAUAGAAUUAAAAAUAUCGAAGAACAUUGCCGGGACAACGUUCGUUGCUGUGGGUGGAUCACUAGGAGAAGUUCUCAUCACCACGAUUAGCACAGUUACGGGUAGCAAAGGCGUUGGUUUUGGGACAGUUGUUGGUUCUGCCUACAUUUUGAUGUUCAUAGUUGGAAUAUGCGCAUUCUUAUCGCCAUCGACAUUGCUGGAAUGGUGGCCGAUUGUGAGAGAUACCUUACUGUACAGUAUCAGUAUAAUCCCUAUGGUGAUUUUUUUAGUUGACGGGGUUGUUUACUGGUAUGAAUCAGCCAUAUUGCUGUUCCUCUACGUUGUCUACGUGGUGGUCGUUGUGUUUAAUCAACGUAUUGAGGCGAGUUUCCGAAAGUGUUGUUAUAAGAAGUUCGAAAAAGGAGAAAAACAGCACAUUAUUGAACACAGUGUGUUCGCCGAAUCACACACUGACGAAACUAUUAUGGAUGUGUUCGAGGAGGCAGCCACUGAGGGAGAAGAUGGACAUUAUGUACAUUAUUUACAUCACUUUCCCAAAAGUAAAUUGGGGAAAGUGUACUAUGUAUUCGACGCGCCAGUAAGCGCUGCCCUCUAUAUUUCAAUUCCGGAUUGUCAUAACCCGCGCUGGAGAAAAUGGUAUCCCUUAGCAAUAGUGAUGUCAGUGGCGUGGUUGGUGUUUUUCACAUUGGUAUUCUUGCUUAUGUUAAACAUCACCGCUGAAGUAUUGGGAAUACCCGAUACUGUAAUGGGGUUGACGUUUGGUACUCUCGGAGCUUCGGCGCCUACAAUAGUUCUCAGUGUGGUGGCGCUGCAGAAAGGACAUGCUGACAUCGCCAUAGCCAAUGCUCUCGGUAAUAACGUGUUCAACAUUCUUGUAUGUGCCGGACUCCCCUGGUUUGUCUAUUCUCUCGCACAUAAAACGAAUGGCCAACAUCUUAUGGCGAUCGAUGUUUCAGGUGGAGUGGCAUUUUCCGGGUCGUUAUUGUUGGCAAGUGGACUCAUACCGCUAUUCUUUUUGGCAAUAUCUCGUUGGCGUUUAAAUAGGCUGAACGGAGCGAUUCUAGUGAUGUUUUAUAUCGCUUUUACCGUGGUAACCGUGAUAUUUGAAGUGAAUGGCAAGAGAAAAUGCAUUACUAACUAG